CUUAAAAGAGCUGUUAUCGUCUUUUUCAGCAGCAUUUUUCAUCAACAGCUCUCCGCAGAUAUUGAGGAAAAGUUGGCGUCGACUCUCGGCUUUUUAUCUCUGAAAUGAAGUGCGUCGCUCUGUUAAUAAUCACUUUGGCAGUGGCGAAAUCAUGGCCUGCUACGCGGAGGGAACUUGAAGUGAGGAUAGCUGGAGCAAAAUUCGACUACCCUAGUAAAAGAAAAGCAGACUACCCCAAAACAGCCGACUACCCUAACAAAGCUGACCACUCAGAGGAGUACCCUAAGGAAGCCGACUUUCCCAACAAAGCUGACUACCCUGGCAAAGCCGACUACCCUAACAAAGCUGACUACCCAGAGGAGUACCCUAAGGAAGCCGACUACCCUAAGGUAGCUGACUACCCUAAGGAAGCCGACUAUCCUAACAAAGCUGACUACCUUAACAAAGCUGACUACCCUAACAAAGCUGACUACCCAAAGGAGCACCCUAAGGAAGCCGACUAUCCUAACAAAGCUGACAACCCUAGCAAAGCUGACUACCCAGAGGAGUACCCUAAGGAAGCCGACUAUUCUAACAAAGCUGACUACCCUAGCGAAGCCGACUACACUUACAUAGCUGACGACCCAGAGGAGUACCCUAAGGAAGCCGACUAUCCAAACAAAGCUGACCAUCCAGAGGAGUACCCUAAGGAAGCCGACUAUUCUAACAAAGCUGGCUACCCUAGCGAAGCCGACUACGCUUACAUAGCUAACGACCCAGAGGAGUACCCUAAGGAAGCCGACUAUCCAAACAAAGCUGACCAUCCAGAGGAGUACCCUAAGGAAGCCGACUAUUCUAACAAAGCUGACUACCCCAGCGAAGCCGACUACGCUUACAUAGCUGACGACCCAGAGGAGUACCCUAAGGAAGCCGACUAUCCAAACAGAGCUGACCACCCAGAGGAGUACCCUAAGGAAGCCGACUAUUCUAACAAAGCUGACUACCCAGAGGAGUACCCUAAGGAAGCCGACUAUUCUAACAAAGCUGACUACCCAGAGGAGUACCCUAAGGAAGCCGACUAUCCAAACAAAGCUGACCACCCAGAGGAGUACCCUAAGGAAGCCGACUAUCCAAACAGAGCUGACCACCCAGAGGAGUACCUGAAGGAAGCCGACUUUCCUAACAAAGCUGACUAUUGAAUAGAUAAUAAAAUUGCAUUACAUCAGUUUCAUCUUCUCUGAUGAGUGCAAGCAUGGAACUAAUGUCAAUCAUAACCUUCUACUAAAAUUUGUAAGAACAGGGGAUAAUAGUUAUCAAGGACAAAUAAAGGAAGAACACGAAGCAUG